AUCUAUAGCAAACGGGUUUUGUGUGGACUCGGCUGAAUAAUCUGUUUAUCCCCUUUCUCUCUCUAGAUUAUCUCCUCACUCGCACCUCACCCCAGCUUCGUUCAAUUCAAUUCCGCAAUUCUGCAAUUCGCAAAACCAGCCUCCAUAGAUAUUUGUCUGACCUGGACACCAUCAUUUCAGAAAAGAAAUACUACUAGUGAAGGAAAAAGGGAAUGCGAAUCUUUUUGAUUCCCUGCCCUGCUGCUACUUACUACUGCUAUUAGCUAAAUUCAACUAAUCAUACUCUGCUUUCUUUCCAUUCCUAACCUUAUAGUUAAUUGGAGGUCAAUGAGAAUUGGAUUGUGGUUGUUUGAAUGUUUUGAGCACCGUUCUGUGCGUGCCUUGCUGUGUUUCCACACCGAUGCUUCCAAAUAGAUAUGGCUUCCGCAUCCUGUAUGUCAGUUCCGGUAGAAUGUGUGAACGUUUGUAAGUUGUGGAAAGGCAGCGAUGUGAGUGGAAGAUAUGAGUGCAGUGUGCUGUCGUGUGCGUGGAAGGCUCCCAGAGCAUUGACUGGUUUCCUUGCCAGUACCGCGCAUCCUUCUCCUCUUCAGCUGUCCACUCCAUAUAGGAGAAGAUAUCGCUUCACAUGUGGAUGUGAUGCCGUGGAUUCUGGAGGUUGGUAUAUUGAUAAAACUUCACCCAUUGCACUUGUGCAAAAGUUGUUACAGUUAAGUCAACCUCAUCUUCAUUGCUGUAAGUGGAAGUUGUAUUGUUCUUCAUCCAUGUGUUCUGAAUCUUCUGAGGAGAUCUCUCCGGGAACUUUGUGGGAGGCUGUAUGUUUGAAAAUUACUUGGAAAUUUAUUUUUGACAAUAUCUUUAAUGCCAAAAGUGUUUGGGAAUCUAAGGCUGUACAUUUGUGGGAAAAGACGUCCUUGUCAGUGGCUGCUCAAGGGUGGAACUUAUCCUCGGUGUUUUGGGAUGGUCGACAGGCUGCAGCUGGCUUAGCCCAUUGCAGACCCAAGAACUUCUAG